CAUGCGCAUUUUAGUGCAUUGUGCUGUGGCUACUCACAUUGAAAACACUUAAGGUGUAUCUUACUGGAGGUUAAGUUCUAAACAAACAUAUUUAGAGAUUUAUUUUAAUCAAUAUUUAUUUCAAGGCAUACAUGGAUUGAAUAUCUACUCAGAGCUAUUCACAUCACAACUAAUCUUUUUACGAUAUGGCGGAGAGUACAAGUAGCAGUGCGGCGAAUCUUCCGCCCGGAGACCCACAGCUUAUAAACAUGAUUGUUGAGCAUCUGAAAAACCGAGGCCUCUUCGAUGAGUUCAGACGAGACUGUCUUGCUGAUGUUGAUACAAAACCAGCCUAUCAGAAUUUACGCCAGAAAGUGGACAACUUUGUGUCCAAUCAUCUGAGCACUCAGGAUUGGAACCCCUCAAUCAACAAGAACCAAGUGCGAAAUGGUCUAAGACAGACUGUUGUACAAUCAGGCAUGCUGGAAUCUGGGGUGGACCGGAUUAUCACACAGGUGGUGGACCCUAAACUGAACCACAUCUUCCGGCCACACAUAGAAGAUGCUAUUCAUGGCUUCCUAGACAUGAAAGAAGAGGGUGGCUCUAACGCUAUGACAUCAGAAGUGGAGCCACAGGAUGUCAACAAUGCAGCCCCUAAAACACCAUGAGGUGUGAUUCUCUGGAAACUGACUGGUUUGUGCACCUGAGCAGGCUAUCUGCCAGCGGUUUUUGGCUGCCGGUAUAGUUUGCCAUAUUGCUGAAAGUUUUGCAGAACGUCGUAUGACGGGAGAAUUUGUAUCCGUUAACUGGAACGAGGGAAGCAGCUUUAUUUGAUUCACAAUUUCAGGGUAUGAGGUAUUCUGUCAGAUUUUCAUAACAUACUUGAAAUUCUCCCGGGGGUGUGUGUUUGUAAUUAUGUGUGCGAACUGAGUGGGUGAACAUUACUUUUUUGCUAUGCAGCAAUAAACGCUAUAGGAUUUUUAGCAUGCCACCUGAACUAAUUUGGUCUCUGAAAUGGUCUGAGCAGAACUCUCACAAGACCACCUAUCUACAUCAGACCAUUUCAGGCCAAAUAUCCUAGAACUCUGCUCUAUGUGCCUGGGACAGUCCUCAGACACAUGACUGGAGGCCUGCCCUAGUGUAUGGAGGAUAGCGAAGAUUGUGAUUAUGUCUUUGUCUCCAGACAAGGUGUGUAUGAAUUAAAACUAUCAAUGGUACGAACUUUUGUAUUUGCUCAACAACAAAAGACUAAUCUACACAAAUGUGAACUGAGGAAGGACUCUGUAUUGUGUGAGUGUGUACUUCAGCUUUCGGAGAGAAGAAAUCUUUUCAUCAUUUUUUUUUUCUGUCUCUGUAUGCACAGUCAAAAUUACAACAUGUCUUCUACUCUUGAA